AUGGUGUUCAUCGGUGAUAUACUAGUUUACUCAAUUGACAGAAUAGCCCACGAGGAACAUCUGAGGAUUGUUCUGCGUGAUAGACACUUGUAUGCCAAGUUUAGCAAAUGUGAGGUCUGGCUAAAACAGGUAGUGUUCUUAAGGCAUGUAGUUUUAGCAGAUGGAGUUAGUGUUGAUCCACAGAAAGUGGAAGCUAUUGUCAACUGGGAGAGACCAACUAGUGCGUCAGAAGUACGUACUUUCCUAGGCAUGGCAGGAUACUACAGAUGUUUUGUUGGGGAUUUCUCUCAAUUAGCAUUAUCAUUGACAGCUUUGACAAUGAAGAAUGAUAAGUUUGAAUGGUCGGAUAAAUGCGAAUAG